UCGGAAGCAAAUUCUAGUGUUGUCGAUGGUUAAGCUUAAAGUAUGCAUGGUAGUUCUCAAAACGGCCAGGGGGUCAGCACCAAGAAACACUCCGCCCUUACCUAUCGCACCCUUCAUCGAGAUCUUGGCAAUCGCACAAACAGGCAGCCACGUGGUUCUUUUCCCCAUUUCGAUCUAUGUACUCGCAGCAGCACAGGGGCUCCAAUUCAGGUUCUUCCGCUUUGUUUGUCUUCACUGGCUUCAUACUGCCCAUCUGUGUCACGAUUUCCACCUGUCACCAUGAGCGGCAAGAAGCCCUCAGAAGGUAAAGGUGGAAAGAACACAACUCAUCUUGUAAACACAUCCACGCCUCUCUCUGAUUAUCCGCCAACGCCUGAGAAAUCAAAAAUGAGAAGAAAGAGGGGGAGGGGGUGUCUCGUUCUCAUCAUGCUUUUCUCUCUCGGCUUGGCCAGACAGGGAGCUCUAAGGGCUCCCAACCGCGUUCACCGUCCCUUCCCACCAGGGCUGGAGCCGUCUGGGCAAAGGCCGUUCCCAUGGUGACAGCCGACCACACAGCCCAGGACAGCCAGGGCGCGGGCGGCUGCGCUCACCUGCCGGUGCAAGCUGGGGAGGGCCGAGAGGUCCCCGCCCAAAGACUGGGCGCAGGUGGAAACUCACCCUCGGGGCUGCGGCCGGCGUCUGCAGCCGGCUCCGGGGAGGCCACCAGGCGCCCGCGCAGCGCUCAGAGUCGCCGUCCAGCCCCACCGCUCCGGCUCCGCGCAGGGCGCCCCUCUCCCGCCUCCGCCGACCGUGAGGACGUGGGCGGGCCGCGAGCGCCGCCCCGCCCGAAGAAUGACCUUGGAAAGGAAGUUACCUGCGCUCCAGGGCCGAGGUGCGGCUGCAGCCAAAGAGGCCGAGGUGGCGGGGAGAACGGCCGGUUCCUCCCGAGGCGCGGACGCGUCUUCCCAGCUCGGAGCCGCUGGGCUCUCGGUGUGACGGCUGGAGUCUCGAGGACCCCGGCUCCGCUCCGCCGCGCCUUCGCCGCCGCCGCCCACCUGUGAGCACAGCCGGCCGCGGCCCGGGCAGUGCGCCCGCCUCCCCGCCGCCCCCCUGCCCACCGGGCUCGGCGUGGCAAGUCCGCGCGCGCUUCCGGGUGCCCCGCCUCCGGCGCCGGGGAUCCCCGCCCGUCCGCACGUGCGCCGCCUGCCGCCCCGCGGAGCCCGCCGAGAACAAGUCUUCAAGUUUAAUAUCCGGUGACUCAUACUCACAGCCAGACACUUCAUAAAUCCUUUUUUCAAAAACCCCAGAAUUUACUCUUCCACCAUUUGAUACAUGAAGAGGCAAGAUAAUCUCAC